CGUCGUGAUUUAUUUUAAUAUGAUUUUAUUGUAUUUCUACAUACGUGACUUUACCGAAAAAAACAAUGAGUCAUUUGCCAGGUUUGUGAAGGAGACUUCAAAGGUAAAACAUUCUCUCCAUAAUUGAGUAAUACCAUUAAAAAAACACUUUUUUAUAUUAACUUUCCAUGCAUGCUCCGUAAAUGCAUGCACUUAUAUAUUUAUUUGCCUGUAAUAAAUUCAUUGAGCACGCUGCUCCAACUCGUCAUCAACGGUGCGCUUUGCCACCAUUUUGCAGCACCUCCCACGAGAUCACAGGUCCCGGUGGCAUGCCAUGAGGAUGCUCGCCAUCAUCUCCAUCCUGUUCAUCGUGCUGUCCACGAUCGCGCUGUCGCUCAACACACUGCCCGAGCUGCAGCACAAGGACGAGUACGGCCACUUCACGGACAACCCGAGCCUGGCGCACGUCGAGGCCGUGUGCAUCGCGUGGUUCACCACCGAGUACAUGUUGCGCUUCCUCUCCUCACCCAACAAAUGGAAGUUCUUCAAAGGUGCUCUCAACGUAAUUGACCUGCUCGCCAUCCUGCCCUACUACAUCACCAUCUUCCUCACCGAAUCCAACAAGAGUGUGCUGCAGUUCCAGAAUGUGCGUCGCGUCGUCCAGAUCUUCAGAAUCAUGAGGAUCUUGAGGAUCCUCAAGCUGGCUCGCCACUCAACAGGCCUGCAGUCACUGGGGUUCACGCUGCGCCGCAGCUACAACGAGCUCGGCCUGCUCAUCCUCUUCCUCGCCAUGGGCAUCAUGAUCUUCUCCAGCCUCGUCUUCUUUGCCGAGAAGGAUGAGCAAGACACCAAGUUUAAGAGCAUCCCGGCAUCCUUCUGGUGGGCAACCAUCACCAUGACCACGGUGGGCUACGGGGACAUCUACCCACAGACGCUGCUCGGCAAGAUCGUGGGUGGCCUUUGCUGCAUCGCGGGCGUGCUCGUCAUCGCCCUGCCCAUCCCCAUCAUCGUCAACAACUUCAGCGAGUUCUACAAGGAACAGAAGCGGCAGGAGAAGGCGGUGAAACGGCGCGAAGCGCUCGAGCGUGCCAAGCGCAACGGCAGCAUCGUGUCAAUGAACUCUAAGGAGGCAUGCGCCCGUGGCCUGGAGCUGUCCGACAUGUCUCAGCAUCACGGCUCCAGCAUCGAGGUGCACAAGGAGAAGGAGGCCGAUGCUCUGCAGCAGCAGCAAUGCUCGCCGGGCCGCUGGAAAUGGGGGCGUCGCUCCGUGACCUCCCUCGUGGAGACUGGCUCAGUCAAAUCCCUCGAGCUCAAGACGAGCGAGUCACCCAGCCCGCGGGAAAAGCGGGCUACGGCAGCGACCGAUAACGUGGAGGCGGUGGCUGCGGCAUCGACCGGCUUUGCUGGCACCACCUCGAACCCAGUGCCCGGAGACUCACAAAGGCUGAGCGUGGAGCGGUUGGAGGAGAUGUUCGACGAGAUGGCAAAGUCUCGGCCCCCUGUGGACCCGAUGACCCUGUCCGCGAGCUCAGGGGAGUGGCCUCCAAUGGCCGCAGAGGGGCGGACGGGCCCACUGCCCACCGUCUCCUCGGACUUGCACUUCCAGGGGCUGACAGGCAGCACGGGCAGCGAGCAGCACCCAGAGAUGCGAAGUUUCUCCAGCGUCGACAGCUUCACAAGCUGCACCUCCGAGUUCCUGGACAGUGACCGCCCACUCAGCUUCAUGUCCGGCCUGUCCGAAGUGGCUGGCGAUCCACGGCCCAAGCCCCUGCCCAUUAUCAGCGAGUGCGGCAAGGGUGUCACGCCAUGGACCAAGCCGCCGGCAGGGGUGCGGUCCAGCUGGCACGUCGGCGACGCGCACACGCCGCUCCAGCGUCAGCAGCACCACAGGGCUCCCUUCGGCAGCGCGCAGAGGGAGACCUGCGGCAGCAUCAGGAGCCGCCCCGUGUAUCCUGCUGCCACCGCCACGGCAAAACCGUGGAGCAACAAGGGCUGGAGCAGCCUGGCGGAGCUGAGCACGCAGCCGCUGGCACUGGGUGCCGUGGGGAAGGGUCUGUCUGGGUCGUCCCUCAGUGCCACGCAACCGGGUGUAAAUACGGCUGAGGCAGCCGCGAAGCGGCCCAACUCUGGCAUGCUGCCGACGAGGGAGAAUGAAGACAACAGCGCUGGCGGCACUGGGGACGGUGCGGCGAGACCGUCCAGUUCCCGCUUCUGCGACGACGGCGGUGCUGUCCCAGAAACCCGCGCGGCCUCCCAGGGGGAAGCAAACCACGUGGAGGCGGUUCUGCCUCCGGCCACCGCCCGCCGCUUCGAUGGCCACAUCGCGGAGCCCGGAUACGGACAGAACCACGUGCGUGCCACGUCGGCGCCGCUCGAUCACAAGGUGCUCCUGGCACCGGAGGGAGACGGCACCGAAGACGCAGAGGCGCUGUCCACCGUGUGUGAGACCAGCAUGUGAGAGCGCCCCCAUUCCUCCCAACGCGGGACGUGAAAACCAGCUCGGCGAGUGGUGGUGCCGCGCAACCAGCCAGCGGUGUAGAGAAGCUGAAUCGUUGCUGUCGUGCGUGGCGCGUGGCGGUUGGUGCCGUGCCGGCCGAGUGUGCGGGAGGUGCCGUGUGGGGCGAGUGUGCGGGAAGUGCCGGCGCAGCUGGAGGAGCAUGAUGGGUGCCGUUCCGUGGCGCGCGCACCGAAAGCCGAAUGAGACGCGAGAGCCCUCCCUGGGAACUGUGCCCCGGAGGAUGUUUUUGCUCGUGUUUUUCUCCCAUCUUCAUUCAAUUAUUUUUUUGUCCAUUCUGUUAAAUUCAGGGAUGCAGACAAACGGUGGGCAUUAUAUUAUGGGCAACCAGGUAACGUUCGGUUGGCUGCUGAUGCGAAAGAGGAAACGGCAAUGGAUGACUACAGUGGCGGAAAUAAAUCGUGUUUAAUUAAUCUUUAAUUAAUCUUACAAAUCCCGCGCAGUGAGCCGAUUGCGAUUAAUUAUCCCCAAAGUGAGACUGAGAGUGGUGUUUUCUGAUGGGAGGAUGGCAUCCUCGCCUCCCAAUAAGGCACGUAAUGUUGCCCGAUUACCGGCUUAAUCCUUGGAAACGCACGCCAUCACGACCCGUGCGUGGUUCCACGGUGCUGGAAGGGAAAACCUCUCGGGAAUUGAGAAAAUUAUUGCCACGCUAAUGAAGCUCGCAGCGAACAUUACGAGUUGCCGCUGUUGUCGCCCGCGUUUGUUUGCUUCACACUUGAGGAUGCUUAGUUUGUCGUGACAUGCCUUUUUGCUGGUUUGGAAUGACGACAGCGUGCAAUAACCAGGCCCGUCAGGAGGAAUAAAUGACACAAAAAACCUACUCCAGCCGCACAAAGCUCACGAGGAGAAUGUAAACACUCUACUUUUAUCAGCGGAGCUGCAAAUUAUGCAUAUGUAAAUGGGACAUUUCGGCUUUUUGUGUUGGUUUGUUUCAUUUCAUUGGUUCCGCAGAGAUACGCUGAAAACAAGCUUCGCAAGCAUUUGCGAAGCUUGUUUUCAUCCCUGGCCAUCGCUGGCAGAUGGGAAUGAAAAUUGACCGGAGCAAGAAGCGAGCGAUCAGCCCUCUCCUCUUCUCAUUCCAUUCCUCAUCAGACAAAAAAGGAAGCACUUUGUGGAGGAUACGUUUUAUAAUAAACGAGAGUGAACGGCAAAUGGAAAAGCUUCCCGCAAGAUCUUCCCAGGAGUCCAGAUGAUCGGGUCCUGGAUAUUGCGUCCUCACUCUGUUACCACAAUGGUGGUUCAUCCGAAUACCAGUCGCAACGGGAGUUCCUGUAACAUUGUUAAAGUAACAAUCUCAUGCAUUGUUAAUGCCGGUUUUAAAUACUAGUUAUAAUGGUAUAAAAUGCAUCAACUGCCCUCCACAAACACACACACUUGUGCUCAGUCAUUCAGAUGCAUACACACACAUGCAUCUGUAUUCUCUAUCAAACGUGUACACAUAUAUACCCACACUCACAUUCGUGCGCGCUACCCCUCGUUCCAUCUCGACGCCCCCUCCACCAUCUCACACUGACCUAACGACCAUUUCCAUGGUCGCUUCACCUUCACAGCCGUUCACCGUCACGGCGGAGACGCGAAGCUCUGUCACCCGGCUAUGAAAACACAAACUCGCACCACAGACGCUCAGAUCCACGCGCAGGUUGCUUUCCGUUUGUCACGAUUUUUUAUUUUACUUUCCCUGCCCCCACAACAAAGCCGCCCCCUGCUCCGAGUAUGCUAUGCAGACGUCCCAUCCGCCUGUGGUCUCUGCAUGCUCACGGUUCACCUCGCCCAUCGCUUUCCGAGCUCUCGUCGAGACGACUUCGAUAACAGUGGCGGUGGUUGUGUUUCUUGGGGUGGUGUUUAUGCUAAUAAUGGUGAUGGUGGUGGUCAUAGUGGUGGUGAUGAUGAUGAUGUUGUGAAUGCCAAAAGAGAAAACCGAACAAAAAGGUAAAAAAAAGCCUGCCAAAUAUAAGGGGUAGGAGGAGUACACGAGGCCACCACCCCUGACCGCGAUCCCAACCCCAGACCCAAACUGCACUGCCAAAAUAAACGUGAGCCCAACUCUUCAUGCGAACUAGCUAACCACACUUAUACAGUAGCCCUGCCCAGAGCCUAAGCACGAAAGUCAACUAGACUCAACACCUGCUCCCAACCCUAACCACACUAACCAGAUACCACCUCUAAACAUAAUCACACUCUAUCCAAACGCUUGCCCUAACCAGUAACCCUAAACAGUCCCAAGCACUAGCUCUACCCAUAACCCUACCCAUAACCCUUAGCACGCUGGCCAAGCAGCCCCAAACAAUACUCCUAUUCCUUACCCCAACCACACUUGCUAACAUAACUCUCUCUAGUCCUAAGCACACUAACCAACAAGCCUCUAACAUUAGACCAGCCCCUAACCCUACCCACACUACCAGUCGUCUGGGACGCUCUUUCUGAAAUAAGUUCAACAUACAUACACGCAACCAGUCCCCAUCACUGGCCCUACCACUGAAACCAUUCCUGUCACUAGCCCCACAUCGGGGCUCUGCGCAAUCCCCUUGUCAGUUUUUAUUAUUUUUUCAGGUUUAGUUUUUACAUCGCUGGGAUGAAGGAAUCAUUGUAACCAGGGCAGAGUGGCUGUGACAGGAGUGACACCGCCGUAUCCUUGUACACAGAUAGGCGGUUAAGACUUCUUACCCCUCGCCAUAAUGCAGUUGUGAAGUCUGCAGAAUUUUGCGACGUGAUAAUGACAAACUGUAAACCAAUAACAGCAGCCACAAGAUACAGCUGCGAUGCGCAAUUAACGACAUGUAAUGGGCAAAGUGAUUUCCGAUCCAAUCGAGCUGGCAGGAGUAGGUGUCUGAUAGGCCAUCUUGCAGAGUUUUGAGUUCUGUCCCAUUGUACGGGUGAGCACAGUGGUCUCCUGCCACGCCCAAAAACUCGAGGCAAUUGGCCAAACAUCCCAAUGCAGAAACCUUGAGACACAUCAGAGGCUUUUUCCAGGAAUAACAAAAUGAAUGAUCAAACACGAGUGCAAUAUGAGCCAAUAUGAAAAUACUGGGCUGAAAAGUUACUGAUAGUAAACGGUCGUUUAAAUAAAAAAUCAGGAAGACACUGCAAAGAUUUGGUGGCCUACAGCCAGCCAAUAGAACAAUGAGAGUUGUAGCGAAUGAACGGUCCGACUCGCCUUACAGCUGGACGAGGGAGGUAGCGAAUUGAGUACAUGGCUGUGUGCGAUACGGGACACAGGGUAGGGUGCAAUAACGUAUCGCGCGAUUAUCCGAGAGAUUAUUGACCUUUACAUAACGUGCAAGUCAGCAUUUCUCGGCGAGAAGCAAGUGAUUUUUAGCCGUGUCUGUCCUUUUUUUUGUCAUCGCCCGUAUCAAACUAGAGCCGUGUUUUAAAUACUCGUAAAUACAAUGGGCGCAGAGUGCGGGUGUAUAGACGCGAUGCGUCCUGUCUGUCUGUGUGCUGCUCGUGCGUGUCUCUCUGGGCUUGUCCCGAUGUCUCCGGUGUAGCCUGCACGUGUCCGCAUGUCUCCCUGUCCCCAUGCCACACCUUGCUGUGACGGUGAAAGAUUUGUUUUAAGUCUUCCCAGUGCAAAUCCCAGCUGUGCCCGUGAGCGAGUAAGCGAGGUUUAGGCGGGCAGCUGCUGGUAACCCGGUUUAAUCACCACCGACAAAAUCACCGACUUCUCAUUGAGGCAAAAGUAAACGUACGGCCCUACGCCUGCUCGCGCACACCACUGCUCAAGCGAACUCUCGAUGGCACUUGGUCUACUCGUCCACGUUGACCGCGCGUCUUGAAAAAGUUGGGUGUACCCACAUUUUACCUCGCCACAUGCGAAUCGACGAACAGUCGUGCAUCCAUUUAUUAUGCUGGGUGGAGGGAUUUGCGAAAUCCGCACCAAUAUUUCAGCUGCCGCGCCAGGAGAUGAAAUUAAAUUGGUGACCUCUGGAUUGCAAAAAAACUCUCAAAUUCGUCAAUAACACUGCCUUUAAAUAAAAAAAAUAUAUAAUAGAGACCUGGAAGAGGAUGGUCGGAGACUGUUAGGGCAUAUCUUGAAUGUUACGCGUCGACUGUGGUGAAGUUGCGGGAUCUGGCGAAGGGGAGAGAGCGUUGGCAGCAACGAGCUGGUGGUGGCAUCAGCGGCUUACCUCAUGAUCACAUCCCAUCUUGAUUGGUCACUUCUGGCGUAGUGUACAGUACUGCGAUUUAUGUCAGUCCUGUCGAUUUUACAAAUAACUUGUAUUGAAAUAAACAGCACUUAUUGGAAUUAAAAUUCUGCUUGCAAAGCCAGCAAAAGUUCCCUCCAUGGCAGAAUACCGUAUUUUGCGCCAGCGAACUGGUCUACUCGUAUCGGCAAACUCGUUGUGAUCAGGGCAGCAGGGACCGUGUUGUCGCACCUGCAACCACUUCACGCAGCCUCCUCCCUCCUCGCUAGAUGAGUGGACGUCCCUGGAAUUUCAGCGAUGGCUUAUUCCAAUUCUCUCAUGAACUUUGCAUAGUGUGUAUAUAUACAUAUCUGUCUCUACACGCGUAUUAUGAUCAUUAUUUAUUUUUGUUUUCAAUUGUGCGUCAUCGCUCGAGUCUCCUGCCGCAUGUUUUCACCUCCGCUGCAAGGACUUCCAACGGUGGGUCUCAACCUAACCAGCGCACGCGUGCGUGCGUGGACCUGUACAUACCCGUGACCUGCCAAGACGACCACCCCUCCUAGCCCCGCGCUUGCGCUCGGCAGGCGCUCGUGGCGGAGGUGCCCCACCUCGGGAGCUCACCAGCGCGCCAGGGCGGCAAACGGACGUGGGUCAGAACCUGAACUCUCAGCCUCAAUCACCGCUCAUCUGCAAGGCUGCUUUCGAGUCCCUGCCGAUGACUCAACUACUCACCCACCCACCCACCCUGGUCCUUGGAGUGGUGCGAAAUAUGCUCAACCUGGCUGCUUUAUAUCACAACCUCCGUACAGGAAAGAAAUUGGGAGGGCAUCGCCCCCCAACCACAACUGGGGCAGUGCACAAUUAAACACUCGGAGUGGCGUGCCACCCACGCUAGACCGACAAAGCGAAGACUUGUGGGCCAAGGGCGAAACGAUGGUCGGCUCGUGGUUGGCGGACGCAGGACAGACUCUCAUUGCCUGACAGGAGCGAGGCGACGCCGUUAGCUCGCGGCUUCUUGCGGCGUGGCACUGGGACGGGCAUUUGUGAGGCUGUUCAUUGGUAAUGCAAUGUACUAAUGAAUGUCUGAAUGUAAAGGCACAGACUAUUUAAAGUAUUAUUGUACAGGAAUAAAUACUAAAACAAUCAACAGAGGCCAAUGUAUGAAACGGUAAAGAGACAAUAUGUACUAUACAGAGUGAAAUUAUUAUAGUUGUGUAAUUUAUAAAACUAAUACGAUAAUUUAUAAACUGGGCAAUUACCAAUUUUGCACCUUACGUGAACCCUUCCCCCUCCCCCAAUGGUGGAUGUUCUCUGUUCGCUGUGCAUUGCUGUUCUGUUUGGGCCAUGCACGUGGACACGAGCUCGUGAGAGUGUCAGUGGGGAAUUUGCUUCAACUUUCUCCAUUUUUAAAAGCAAUAACGUGUUCUUUUCCCGUUUUGGCUUUCGUUCACUGUCAAUGUGCCACUCGGCAAGGUGCAUUCCUCCUCCUUUUAACGGCUGUCAUCUCCGCGUCGUGAUCCCCCAUCUCCCGUCCUCCGCCUCGUUAUAUGUGCCUGCUCGCCACGGCGUCCGUAACACAGCGUAGACUGCCGCUGGCGAGGUUGGUUCUUCCUCAGAUCUAGGUUGAGGAGGGUAAACAAACUCCACUCUGGGUUUCCCGGCCUCGGGUGAUAACGCGUGUAUGGCGGAUCGACUGAGAAAAUAGAAUUCCGAAAACUGGCAGUGGCUUCGUCAUCAUAGGUGCUUUCUCAGAGACCCGUAGGCUCACAUAGAGAUAGAUUCACACAGGACUCACUCA